AAGGAAAGAUGACAAGCCGAGAUUCUAGACCGAUUAAGUGCAAAUUUAGGGGCGGGACUGCAUCGAAAGCUGGCCACCGUAACCUCGCAUUCACGUGACACGCAUUGACGUAAUGUAUAUGCUGGAAUUGGCCAGCUCAUUUUUCUGCAUUUCCAACACUUCAUCUUUCUUUCCUUCGAAUCAUACUACGUCGAAGCAGCUUUCUACGAUCUCACCGCUACGAUAAAACACGGGUCAAAAGAAGACGAAGAGCAGUAGCCCUCUUACUUGUAGGUAUUAGAGCCCUCUCACCCGGAAUAUACGUGAGAUGGCCAGUCAAACGAAUACGCAACGCCUCCACGUACAAUCAAGGCCUCAAAGAACGCCGGCCAGGUGCUCACUGCGAAGACCACUACGUGAAGUACACGUCCCAUUCGACGUGGACGCAACGUCCCAUCAGACGCCGACCCCGAUGACUUCGCGGAAUCGCCGCCACGGCAUCACCGAAAUCGGUGUCGGGGAGCUUGUCGAGGUAGCGAACCCACAGCCUAUUCACGCUGCUUCAGACAAUGACGCCCGAGAAGGCACCGCCCUUCUGCCUAGUCUCAGCUCAGCGGAAAAAUCGCACGGUCAGUUAUCUCGUCCUUGCUCUCACGAGUGCCCUCAGCCGGAGAAGAACGGCAGAGCCGAACGAAGCGUGACUCUCAACAAAUCCGAAAACGGCCGGUCAAUUUCUCGCAAAAGUGAAAAGCGCGCUGCUCGAAAUCUCCACGCAGAGGCAGUAGCGCUUCCUGGUGAUGGCAAAGGUUCCGUCGUUCCAACGACUGGACGAAAAGGUGCGAGCAAGAGAGCGACCAGUUCACCCGCAGCGCCGACCACAGCGAAAGAGCUGAGCCUAGCAUCAUCCGUGCGCCGACCACGUCGCACGUCGACGGGAAGCACCAGCGAGUCUUGCCAGACCCCACGCCAAAACUCUGCAGAUUGCGAAAUACCACCUGCGAUCGAGGCUGAUGUGCAGGCCUCUUCGUCCAAGGAUGCUUCCGGUCCGAUUGCAGAAAAACGUUCCGCGACGCUGCAGACAGUGAAGACCAACAAAAAUGUGGUGCGACGCAUCCUGAGCCGCCAGGCGUUCGAGGCCCGCUCUCCGCAGUGGAUGUGGGAGUGCGCCGGCCUGGCGCUGUCGGCGCUGUUCCUCAUCGCCGUGCUGGCCGCCUUCGCGCUGCUCCGCAGUCGCGCCACGAUGGCUCGCGCCCGGGCGCUGCGGCAAGCCAAGAUGAUGUCCACCCACGUGACGCAUCUCGUCGACGACGCCACCGAGUCGUCGGCAGUUCUAUGAAAGGACGCUCGGGCCUCGCCCGACUAUCCGCCACCGUGCUGCCACGCCGCAGUUAUUGCUGCUGAGAAUAGUUUUAUAUUGAAACGACAUCAAAUGGGCUGACCAAUCGGCGAACUUUACGUUUUAAUGGCGAGAGGCGUGUGUGAAUGGCGUGCGAACGGAGAUAUCGGUUAAGAUAACUUGCUUUGCACGAAGGACGAUAGAGAAAUAUCUGCUACGAAAUAAAAGUAAUAAUAUUGUAAAAACUCGAUCAGAUUAUUGUGUCGAGGUCUCCGUAACUGGAGUGAUGAAGCUGGGGGGGGGGGGGGGGGUAAGUGGGGCGAACGCCUGCACAGGUUUAGGAAGAAGGGCACCGCCCCCACAGCUUUUAGGGCCAACGAGCUCUAAUGCUUUAAUGAAUUAACGCAUCUUAUAAACAGUGAAGGAAAAGGGACGAACACUACGAAACAGGAGACAGGCGUAGUCUUUAUGACAUAUUCGUCUUAUUUCUUUCACUCUUCCACCUCCUUUAAGAUAAUAAACUAACCCCCGUAUUCACAAACGCUCCUUGACUCGACCUUCCACUUGAAACGAUCCUUGAGGGUCAUUUUCCAUUUCACAAAUCGCCCUCGACUUGAAACGCUCCUCAAGUGAAGGAAAUCCCGAGCGCUUUCCUCGAGAAUCUCAAGGUAGCAUCGAGGCUAC